CCGAUACUAUCCCAAACGCCCUCUUUAACCACUAACCAGGAUGCGCAUAGGGCGGCUUGAUUACUUGCAUACUCCUCAAUCAGGAACGUGUUAUACCAACCUCAUAUAUAAAGGAGGUCAGGAGGUUCUCAAAGUCAUCUCUCAAGCCACAUAAACCUCACUUCAUCUCUACACUCACAACAACCGCACUCCAUCUACACAUCAACCACACUCUAUUUCUCUACCAUCAAACUCCAAGAUAUAACCAUGCCAUCCGACAUCACCGUCUUCAAAGGCUCCGCAAGCGGCCAACUCGUACAGAGCAUAACUCCCGGAGCACCUCUCCAAGAAGGCCAAGUCCUCAUCAAAAUCCACCACGCCUCCCUCUGCGGCACCGACCUGCACUAUCUCCACAGCGACCAAGUGAUCGGCCACGAGGGCGCCGGCAUCGUCGAGGAACUCGGCCCAGACGUGAAGCACUUGAAAGUCGGCGCCCGCGUCGGCUUCGGCUGGCACCACGACUCCUGCGGCGCCUGCCCCGAGUGCCUCCGCGGCGACGGCCCGCACUGCAGAGUAGACCCGCACGCCUUCGGCGACCACGAGCUCGACCAGGGCGGCUUCGCGACCCACGCCGUCUGGAAAGCUGACUUCCUCCACCCCAUCCCCGACGCGCUGAGCACGGCCGACGCCGCGCCGCUGAUGUGCGCGGGGAUCACGGUGUACACACCGCUCAUCCGCAACGUCAAGCCCGGGCAGCGGGUCGGGGUCGUGGGGAUCGGGGCGCUGGGGCAUCUGGCGAUCCAAUUCGCGGCGGCGAUGGGAGCCGAUGUUGUGGCGUUUUCUGGCACGGAGGAGAAGAAGAGUGAGGCGAUUAAGUUUGGGGCGAAGGAGUUUGUGGCUACUAAGGGGAAGACGGAUCUAGCUGCAGAGCUUAAGGGGGGACUGUUGGAUCAUUUGGUUGUUACGACGAGUGCUGUGCCAGAUUGGAAACAGUAUAUUGGACUCAUGGCGCCCUAUGGGAGCGUCUACCCCCUGACGAUUUCGUUCGGCAAUCUGGAGAUCCCCAUCAUUCCGUUUGUGGUCAAGUCUCUCAAUUUUGUUGGGAGCACGGUCGGUUCGCGCGUCGAGUUCCGGCAGAUGCUGGACUUUGCGGUGCUGCAUGGGAUCAGGCCGGUGAUUGAGAAGUUCCCGCUGACGCUUGAGGGUCUUGCGGAGGCCAAGGCGAAGAUGGAGAAAGGGGAGCUGAGAUAUAAGGCUGUUAUGGAGACCUAAGCUUUAGAUCGAUCGAAGAAUAAUGAUGAAAAUGAG